UCGGCAGCACCUGGUGUCGGUGUGUCCUGAGUCUAUCUGCUGUCAGGAGGCUGACCUGGACCAUGCCAUGCGUGGUGAAGCAUGUUUAACAAAUGUUCGCACACUUGUGUGCCGCGGAACAGCGGCUGGGAAUCACUGGAUUGGAGCACAGUUAUGGGGCGAAUCUGUUUUGGCUUGAUGUAAAUCCUGCCCGCUGGCGGGGCUCGGCCUCUCUGGCUUUUCGUCUGAGCUUGACCAUUUAUUUACUGAUAAACACUACUUCACCUAAGAGACUUGAGUAUCCAGUUCUUCGUUGACCUUCAGCAUUCAGUGGUUUGUCUUCACCUUUUCAGGUUUCCUGUGUCCAGCAUCUUCAAGACAGACUAAGCUACCUUUUCAUAUUUUUUGCACAUUUAUAUUUAGGGUAGGUUAGGAGUAGGUAAGGUUUAUAGUAGAGUAUUUAGUUUGUAUAGUUUAGCUUUUUAUGCUGGUCUAGGGACAGUUAAGUUAGCAAAUGAAUUUAGUUCAGAUCACUUACAGUUGCAUAUUAUUGUUACAAUUGUGUUAUUUUGUGAGUUAUUGUUGUACAGGCUAUUGUAUAUUGCAGGACCAAGUGAGACGAGGAAGACCACUGCUUCCAAGAUGCCGCUCAGAAAGUGCGUUGGACAAGUCUCGACCUUGCAGAUCCUGCCACACUUAGCCCAACCACUUCCGACCAUGGGGUACCUCAAAGACCUCCGUCAACCAGCCGGCUGUGGAUGAUGGAUAACGCACCCACAACUCCUUGUCCAGUCUACAAGAAAGCGAUUGAUCUUGUGACCAAAGCCACAGAGGAAGACAAGGCAAAGAAUUAUGAAGAGGCCUUGCGACUCUACCAGCAUGCUGUGGAGUAUUUCCUACAUGCUAUCAAAUAUGAGGCCCACAGCGACAAGGCAAAGGAGAGUAUACGAGCGAAAUGUAUGCAGUACCUGGACAGAGCGGAGAAACUCAAAGACUAUCUAAAAAAUAAAGACAAACAGGGCAAGAAGCCUGUCAAGGAGGCACAGAGCAAUGACAAGAGUGAUAGUGACAGCGAGGGUGAAAAUCCAGAGAAGAAGAAACUGCAGGAGCAACUUAUGGGUGCCAUCGUAAUGGAGAAGCCCAAUGUCAGGUGGAACGAUGUGGCUGGACUGGAGGGAGCUAAGGAAGCUCUGAAGGAAGCUGUCAUCCUACCCAUUAAAUUCCCUCACCUCUUUACAGGCAAGCGAACUCCGUGGAGAGGCAUCCUGCUGUUUGGCCCUCCAGGGACGGGGAAGUCGUACCUGGCUAAGGCUGUGGCCACUGAGGCCAAUAACUCCACCUUCUUCUCUGUGUCGUCCUCAGACCUCAUGUCCAAGUGGCUGGGAGAGAGUGAGAAGCUGGUGAAGAACUUAUUUGACCUGGCUCGCCAACACAAACCCUCAAUCAUCUUCAUCGAUGAGGUGGAUUCUCUGUGCGGCUCCAGGAAUGAGAACGAGAGCGAAGCUGCCCGCCGCAUCAAAACAGAGUUCUUGGUCCAGAUGCAGGGUGUUGGAAACAACAACGAUGGUAUCCUGGUGCUCGGAGCCACAAACAUCCCCUGGGUGCUAGAUGCUGCCAUCCGCAGAAGAUUUGAGAAGCGUAUCUACAUCCCUCUACCGGAGGAGCCAGCUCGGUCUCAGAUGUUUCGUCUUCAUCUGGGCAACACACCACACAGCCUGAGCGAGGCCGACCUCCGGCAGCUCGCCCACAAAACAGACGGCUACUCCGGCGCUGACAUCAGCAUCAUCGUCCGGGACGCUCUCAUGCAGCCUGUUAGGAAGGUCCAGUCUGCCACUCACUUUAAAAAGGUUCGUGGUCCAUCCAGAAGCAACAACCAGUUGAUGGUGGACGACCUCUUGACUCCUUGUUCCCCUGGUGACCCUGCCGCCGUAGAGAUGACCUGGAUGGAUGUGCCUAGUGAUAAGCUACUGGAGCCCAUAGUCUGCAUGUCGGACAUGCUGCGCUCUCUGUCCACCACCCGUCCCACAGUCAACACUGAAGAUCUCCUGAAGGUGAAGAAGUUCACAGAGGACUUUGGGAUGGAAGGCUGAGAGUCAGAGCCCCAGCUCUCCCUGGUCCACAAGAAGGGUCAAACUGCUCCAAGCAACACUCAUCAAACCCCCCCCGCCCAGCUGCUGUUCCACCCUGUAGGCUUCCAUCUCUCAGCUGAGCGCUUGGUUCACUGCCUCUCAUGGUUUUCAAAAUAAAAGACUGGUCUGUUCGAACAAAAAAAAAAAAAGGCAAGAAAUCUCAUCCAGGCCAGGGGGUUUUGAAUCCUCUGAGGAAGUUGACCAAAUGCUACAAUAGAAAAAUCUUGGUGUGAUUUCAUUUGGUAGUUGGAUAAUAGAGCCCAUGUUCUUUCCCCCAUUUCAGACAAUGUUCCAUUACAAAGCAGCCGCUACAGUGUAUUCACUACAAGAACUUUUCAUCUAACCUGCAUUGACGUGAGGAAAGCUGCAUUUGAAGUUUGUCCCUCCUGAGCCGAUUCUAUCUGACUGAAAGACUGUACAUUUUUUUUUUGCCUUUGUGCACUUUGCUUUGGUUUGCAAUGAAGGACA